UCUCAGAGUGGCUCAGUGCAUAUCCAUUUCCAACUGUUUCUCUUCCUUGAUUUGCGGCCAAUCGUUGAAGAAAGAAGAAGUAGAGAGCAGAAGAUACUACUCUACCAGACUACAGACUACAGAGACAGAGAGGUAAAAAAAAAUCAAUCCUUUCCUUUAGAUCUCUCUCCCUCUUAUUACAACGUGUGUCUUUAAUGAUUCAACGAUCUUGACAAGAUGGGUAAAGCAAGAGGAGUGAACAAUGGUGUUAAUGAAAGUUCUCUCGGCUAUCUCUUUGGUUCCGGUCAGCCUUCUUCCACUGCUGCAGCCGCAAUGGGGACUACUACGACUACAACCACCACAACUACUACGGAUGGAACCGGAGGGAGACCGAUUACCACCACGACUACUACAGUGACUGACAACAAGAAGACAUCUGCUGGUGUUAGAGGAAGCCCUAAUAACUACUUCAGAUCAGAAGGCCAAAACUGUGGCAACUUUCUCACUGAAAGGCCAUCUACUAAGGUUCAUGCAGCUCCUGGUGGAGGAUCUUCUCUUGGUUAUCUGUUUGGAGGAUCAAGUCCUGCUGCUGGAUCUGGAAACAAAUAAUCAAGUUUACUUUUUGUGUUUCCGAUAACUUGGAUUUGUGUAAAUCAGUAAAAGUGUGACUUUAUCCCUCUGUGAACCCUCUGUGUGUGAUUCAAUUGUGAUGUUUGCCUUUGAGAUCUAAUUCUUUGUGUUGUUACAAAAACAAUUUCAGACUAUGUUUUCUCAAAGUUCCCAAGGAAAUAAAACUUAAGUCCUGAUCCACCUA